CAUCUGCAGACAAGACUAUCUAACCCAGAUUAGACGCGGGAACAAACCUCCCAAAUUAUUUAAUUAUUUCCAUUUCCUCCUACCAUUAUUUGUUUUCUCAUCAAGCUGUGAACCGAGCUAACGUUAGGAGUACACUCACUGUUCUUGCUCACACUAUCGCCGGUUGCAUUGUUUUCAAGGCUUCCACCGCCAAUUCCAAGCUCAAAACUGCCACCCAAACCCAGCCGCCGUUAUCGCAAUCGCAACCGCUACCUCGGCAAUUCGACAUCACACGUUUACAAUGUCGACGAUAAAAGAGAUCACAACUGAAGAUGAGUGGCGAGCCCACGUCGCAGCCCUCUCCUCGUCCACCCUUCUCAUAAUCUCCUUCCACGCCCCCUGGGCAGCGCCCUGCGCGCAGAUGGCCACCGUGCUGAAGACGCUCGCCGCCGAGUACCCCGCGAACGGCGAGACGAGCUGGGUAUCGCUCAACGCCGAGGAGCUGAGCGACAUCUCGGAGACGUACGACGUGACUGCAGUGCCCUACCUUGUGCUGCAGCGCAACGACCAAGUCCUGGAGACCGUGAGCGGCAGCAGCGCCGUGAGGGUGCGGACAGCGAUCGAAAAGCACGCCAAGAGUGGCGCCGCGAGCGCAGCUACAAACGGUACAUCGGCCGCCGUGCCCGCGGACAAGCCAGCAGAGGUCGAGGCAGAGACAGAUCCGGUGAAGGCCAAGGAGGAGCUCAACAAACGGCUGGGCGAGCUCGUCAAAGCCGCGCCCGUUAUGUUGUUCAUGAAAGGCACACCCAGCGCACCCCAGUGCGGGUUCUCGCGGCAGGUGGUGGGCAUUUUGCGGGAACGCAGUGUCAAAUAUGGCUUCUUUAACAUCCUGGCCGACGACGAGGUGCGACAGGGACUGAAGGAGUUCGCGGAUUGGCCGACAUAUCCACAGCUCUGGGUAGAUGGAGAACUGGUUGGUGGAUUAGAUAUCAUCAAAGAAGAAAUCGAGAACGACCCUGACUUCCUUAAGGCCUAUGUUGCGGCGAAGGAGGGCGUUGCCGCGGCUUGAGAAAAUGUCCAUGCCUUAAUUUAACAGAUAUGAGUCCCUACAUGCGUGGAUCACCGCUCUUCCUUAUGAUGGAAAGCUAGAUGGGCACUCUCGGCCGAGGUUGCUUUGAUCGGAUAUUGAACAUGUUGGUUCUUCAUGGGAAUUUACCGCUACGUCAGACUAUCUCAUCCAAAGUCCAUGGGCAUGCGUUGGUGUAAGGGCAGAGUAGAAAAGAUCUAGGUAGCCAUCUGCUCUGGUGUGUGGAAGGGUAAGGUUAGCCAAACCAUUAGUUACGAUACGUAUUGGUCCUCACUACUUAAGAGUGGUGGUUUUGGCUCAUCAUGACCAGAUUGUUAUGCCUUGGCACGUUAUGAUUAUUGGUCACUUGGUAUUAAGCAGAUGAGAUAAAGGGCUUCUGCUCUCAUAAAGACGGGAAAAAAAUCUUAAUAACAAUCAGCACUGG